AUGGGCCGAACAGCACCAGCCCACAUCAAGACGGUCAAACCGGGUCUCAAGAAGAAGAAAGGAACCACCGGGGCUGCAAGAAACUAUGUAACUAGAAACCAGGCCUUGAAGAAACUUCAAUGCACAUUGUCGGAUUUCAGAAGACUUUGCAUCUUGAAAGGAAUUUAUCCCAGAGAGCCCAAAAGUCGAAAGAAGGCCAACCGAGGAUCAACAGCUGCUGCCUCUUUUUAUUAUUCGAAGGAUAUCGCAUACCUCCUACAUGAACCGGUACUGCAAAAGCUGAGAGAGCACAAAGCUUUCGCAAAGAAACUCUCUCGAGCUCUAGGACGUAAGGAAGAUGGAUUGGCUAAAAACUUGGAUUCGGCUCAUGAAGGUUAUCGAAUCGACCACAUCAUCAAAGAAAGAUACCCCGUCUUUACUGAUGCGAUCCGAGACUUGGAUGACGCCCUCUCACUCAUCAUACUUUUCGCCAACCUACCUUCAACAAACCACGUCUCACCUAAAGUAAUCGCUAACUGCGCUCGACUAGCCGCCGAAUGGCAAAUCUAUGUGAUGAAGUCGAGAUCUUUGAAGCACGUUUUCUUGAGCAUUAAAGGUAUCUACUACCAAGCCGAAGUCGAGGGACAGCGAGUCACCUGGCUUGUCCCCUACGCCUUCACCCAAAAUAUUCCAGCCGAUGUGGACUUUCGGAUCAUGCUCACGUUUCUCGAACUCUAUCAAACCUUGCUAGGAUUCGUGUUUUACAGGCUCUUUCAAAACAUCAACUUGCUGUAUCCCCCCAAACUAGACUCCAACUUGGACGAAGCUGGCGCCGGUCUCAACGCACUGAUCCUGGAAAGUAGCAAUCAGACUUUGCUUGCCGACCAAACCAAUUCAAACAACCAAGCCACGGGACGACAGACCGCAAAGAACGUUCGGAACGAAAUCAAGUCUCUCAUUUCAGCCCAGGCUACUGCACAAGAUGAAGACGAGGACCAGGAACAGAACCAGCAGAUGGAUGUCGACCCAGUCGUCGAGAGUACCGAUGAAGUUGAAAAGGGCCUGUUCGCACCAUAUGCAUUCUUUCUCUCACGAGAGGUUACCCGGCCGAUGCUCGAGUUUGUGAUCAAGGCAAGUGGCGGUGAGGUUGGUUGGGACCCUAUCCUUGGUGCUGGAUCUCCAUACCUCGAGUCGGAUCCGCGGAUCACCCAUCAUGUUAUCGACCGACCAGAGCUUCCUGCUUCGACCGCCGCUUUACCUCAGCGAGCAUUCGUCCAACCACAAUGGGUGGUCGAUUGCAUCAACAAGUCGACGUUUUUGCCCACCGAAGAAUACGGACCGGGCAAGAUCCUUCCACCUCACCUGUCACCUUUUGUGGACGAUGAGGAGGUCCGAAGACAAGGCGGCUACCUGCCUCAAGCUUCGCAACCUAACGCUGCCCAGGGAGAGAGUCAGAUCGCCGACAUGGAGGAAGACGAGGAUGAAGCAAGCGGGGAGGAAGAACAAGAGGAAGAGCUAACUGCAGCGGCCAAAGCAGAGACACAAGUCGCCAGUAGACCUGCCCUUCAAGCAGCAGCUUCGAAUGCCGAGGACGAGGAUCUACUCCAUGCAGCCGAAAUCGAGGCCGAGGAGCUCGGCAUCUCACACGACCAAUUCCAGAAAGAAUUGAAACAAGCCACCAAGAACGAAAACCGGAAAUCCAAGAAAUCUACGCCAAAUAAGAAGAUCGCCGAUCAUGAUAAAUCUAAGGAUGAUGAUAAUUCUAAAAUGGCUGAAAUGCUGCUGUCGGGCAAACAACGUAAACUAUAUACUAAGAUGAAUUACACUAAGCAGCAACGCGCUGAAGAGAAACGGAAACUGGAAAUGAAGAAAAAGAAUUUAAUGAAACAGAAAUAA